AUGGAGGCUGUGAGUGAGAGUUCGCAGUUUUCCUACUACAAGCACGGAGUGACCAAAAACAUCGAUACCGCCAACGUAAUUUUCGUGCUGGUGUCAGACAUUGGCGUCGGAGAAAUGGAGCAGGUCAUGAUUCAGUACGAUACUCGGGAUGAGAUACCCACCGUUCAGCUGGAAAGGGUUGUCAAGUCAGCCUUAGAUGAUCAGUGGAAGCGACUGGACUUCGGCAAAAUGAUCGAUCAGGUCAUUCCGUUCCUGCCGUUCGAGCACCAGCAUAUCGUGGAGAUCAUUGCGCUCAAGCUACGGCAGUUGGACGAAAACUAUCGUGGCAAGUACUGGCAUCGACUGUGGAUUGAGGACAACAUCGCGGACUACAUGUCUCGUUUGGACUCGGUGCACUACAAGGUCCGCUCCGCUGUGGUGAACGGUAAGGUCAAGUCUAGCAAGGUAUUCGCUAAGUAUGGCGCCCGCGACGUGGAGACUGGCCCUAUUCAACUGCUCAAGUCGAAAUUGCUGCGCUACUUACGCCCUUUCAAUCCGGAUGCUGAGAUUCGGAUAUCGCAGGAUGUGGACACCAAGGAGAUCUCCAUCGUGUCGUGUGCUAAAGAAGAGGCCAAGCAGAAGAAGAGGACCAAGUCUAAACAGCGCAGCCACACUGCAGCAGACAUUGACGACGAGUUCGUGAGCAUCGGCUGCGUCACAAAAUGGUCCGGUCGGUUCGAAUAA